AUGUCGCUCGACUCGUUGCCUUCGAUCGACGACUCGAUCCGGCGCUCGAUCAAGCGUACGCACGCGCUGUUCUCUGCCGACGAAGCGUUCUACCACGUCGACGAAACCGAUCGCUCGUCAGUCCACGCCCGGCGCACGACGCCCGGUGCCCAGUCCAGUCCACGCCCGGCGCACGACGCCCGGUGCCCAGUCCCGACCCACGAUCGUGCCUGCACUGACACCGCAGCGGACACCGCAUCGGUUCUGUUCACCCACAGUGCCAAACUGCGCCUCGCGGCCAAGAUCAACGCCGAGUACGGGAACGCCAAGGUGCUGCCGGCGGCGUUGUUGGUGCAGCAAAAGGGCGCGCAAGGACCACACCGACCGGCCCAGCCUGCCGGAGGUGCGCGUAGGCCAGCUGUGGCGAGCAGUGCCCGGAUGAUCGAGGGUUAGUCUUGCGUACAGCUCUGCGACGGGUGGCCGAGGCUGGCUUGCGAGGCCCUGCUUGAACGGCAGGAUGGAUGAAUGCCUGCUGACGAUCUCACCACGCGGGCUUGCGCUCCCUUCCUCCCUUCCUCCCAUCUUCCCACAUCCUCAUCCACCAGGCGCACCAGGCGCACCAGGCGCACCCUCCUCAACACCCGCACCUUCCCCCAACGGCUCCUCGACCGCACUCACCACCACUUCCACCAACGGCACCUUCUCCGCGAGCUCCUUGCCCGUCUCUCACCAAACGCCGACCCUGCUCUCGCAAUCGUUGAUCCGUCGUCGCGAGGCUAGGGCCGUCAAACCCGACUACCAUGCCCCAUGGAAACUCAUGCGCGUUAUUUCGGGCCAUCUCGGUUGGGUACGCGCGUUGGCCGUCGAGCCGGGAAAUACCUGGUUCGCAUCCGGCGCCGGCGAUCGCGUCGUCAAGGUAGGCAGCGCCGACCCGUCAUUGCUGGCCCAUCCUCGGCAAGCUGCCCAACAGAACUCACUGACGACCAGCGAUGGGAUCGUUCACAGAUUUGGGAUCUGGCCAGUGGUGAACUCAAACUGUCCCUGACGGGACACAUCUCCACCGUCCGAGGUCUGGCCGUCUCGAACCGCCACCCGUACCUCUUUUCGUGCGGGGAAGACAAGGUGCGUCGUUCUCUCUGCGGUAGGGCACAUCGGAUCGAACGACGAACUGACCCGUUGGUUCCCAUUGCAGAUGGUCAAAUGCUGGGACUUGGAGACAAAUCGCGUGAUCCGCCACUACCACGGCCACCUGUCCGGCAUCUACGCGCUCUCGUAAGUCAACCCUACUCCUCUACCCUUCACCGUCCUUUUAUGCUCAUCCCUCCGCACCACAGCCUCCAUCCCACCCUCGACGUCCUCGUGACCGCAGGUCGAGACGCCUCUGCUCGCGUAUGGGACAUGCGAACCAAAGCCCAGGUUCACGUGCUCAGCGGUCACACGGGAACGAUCGCCGAUGUCAAAUGCCAAGAGUCGGAUCCGCAAGUCAUUACCGGGUCGAUGGAUACGACGAUUCGGUAAGCCUCCGCGUGAACGAACUCGAUCCCGUCGUCGAGAGACGAGCUAAAGGGCGAUGCUCACACCCUCAGAUUAUGGGACCUCGCCGCCGGGAAAACGAUGACGACUCUGACGCACCACCAUAAAUCCGUUCGGGCGCUCGCGAUCCACCCGACCGAAUACUCCUUCGCCUCGGGUUCGGCCGGGGGGAACAACAUCAAGAAAUGGGCUUGCCCCGACGGGACCUUUGUGCAUAAUUUCAGUGGCCAUGACGCGAUCAUUAAUACGAUCAGUGUGAAUCAUGAAGGCGUGUUUUAUUCCGGUGGUAAGCUUCUUCCAUUUUCUCAUUCCUACCCAUGCCGUUACUUCAAAGAACCACUCACCUCCUCCUCUGCUCUCCCUACCGAACAGCGGACAACGGUUCCAUCACCUUCUGGGACUACAAGACCGGCCUUCCCUUCCAAACCAUGAACGACCUCGCCCAACCCGGUUCGUUGGAUGCCGAGGCGGGCGUGUUUUGUUCGACUUUCGAUCAGACCGGUUCGAGGUUGAUCACCGGCGGCGCGGAUAAGACGAUCAAGAUUUGGGGCCAGGUCGCUUAA